GAUCUGGUGAGCUUUGAGGAUGUGGCUGUGCACUUCACCCAGGAAGAGUGGACUUUGCUGGAUCCUUCCCAGAAGAGUCUGUACAGAGAUGUGAUGCUGGAAACCUGCAGGAACCUCGCUGCCAUAGGAUAUAUAUGGGAAGAACAGAAUAUUGAAGAUGAUUGCAAAAAUUUUGGAAGAUAUCAAAGGCAUCUCACGUCUCACUCUGAAUACAUGCCAUAUGAACAUGAGGAAUAUGGAAACACACCAUAUGAUUCCAGUUCUCUCACAAGUAUUCAAGGAUACAUGGCUGCUCACACUGUUAAUGGACCUUGUGAAUGUGAGGCCUCAGUGAGCUUUGAGGACGUGGCUGUGCACUUCACCCAGGAAGAGUGGGCUUUGCUGGAUCCUUCCCAGAAGAGUCUGUACAGAGACGUGAUGCUGGAAACCUGCAGGAACCUCGCUGCCAUAGGAAACAAAUGGGAAAAGGAGAAUGUUGCAGACUGCUAUAGAAUUCCUGGAAGAAAUCUAAGAACGUCGGUGUUAGAGACACCCCAUGAGAGUACUGAAGAUGGUCAGGAUGAAGAAACCAUGAUGUGGAUAGCAAAUCUCCACAGCAGCGUGGCAGUUUUUCCUGGACUAACAUCAUGUGAACCCAAAGUGUGCGGAGAGGCUUCCACAUGUCCUUCACUCUCUAGUAGACAUACCACAUCUUACCCGCCUUAUAAACUACAUGAGCAUGAGGAGUGUGGAGCCAAGCAGUAUGACUUGAGCUCUCUCACCAGCUUUCAGAGGUGUAUGGGAGCUCACACUGGGAAUGGGCCUUGUGAAUGUGAGGUAUGUUUAAAAGCUUCCUGUUUUCCAAAUUCGUUAGGUAUAAAUCAAGAGACUCAUGUUGGAAAAACACCCCAUCAAUACAAGGAAUGUGGAAAGGCUUCUUAUACAUACAGAGAAACCCAUACUAUGGGAAAGCUUUAUGAAUGUAAUAUAUGUGGUAAAACCUUGAGUUCUUCUACUAAACUUCAAAGACAUGAAAUAAUUCACACUGAAAGACUCUAUGAAUGCACAUAUUGUGGUAAAGCGUUUAGAAAUUCCAAGUAUCUUCGAUUACAUGAAAGAAUCCAUACUGGAGAGAAACCCUAUGAAUGUAAACAGUGUGGGAAAGCCUUUAGAUUUCCUGGUUCCUUGCCACUACAUGAAAGAAUUCAUACUGGAGAGAAACCCUAUGAGUGUAAACAAUGUGGAAAAGCCUUUAGAUUUCCUGGUUCCUUGACAUUACAUGAAAAAAUUCAUACUGGGGAAAAGCCUUAUGAAUGUAAACAAUGUGGUAAAGCUUUUGGGCGUCACUAUCAUCUUCAGUUACAUGAAAACAUUCAUACUGGAGAAAAACCCUAUGGAUGUAAACAGUGUGGGAAAGCCUUCAGACGACACAGUCAUCUUCAGAGACAUGAACGAAUUCACGCUGGAGAGAAACCCUAUGAGUGUAAAUAACAUACUAAAGCUUUUAUAUUUCACAGUUAUCUUUUGUCACAUGAAAGGAUUCAUACUGGAGAAAAAUGCUGUCGGUAUAAAUAAUGUUGGGAAACCUUUAGGUUUCAUAUGCGUCCUUGCAAUUACAUGAAAUCAAUCAUAUUAGAUGCAAACUCUAUGAAGUAAACACUGUGAUGAAGCCCUUAGAUAGUCACCUUCAGUUUUAUAAAGAAACUGUAUACUGGAGAAAGCUGUGUGACUGAACAUUGUGCUGAGGCUUUUAGAUGUUACACUUGGCAGUUUUACAAAAAAGAAUUUGCCAGAUGGUGGUGGGGCAUGCCUUUAAUCCCAGCCCCAGGAGGCAGACGCAGGUGGAUCUCUGAGUUGGAGGCCAGCCUGAUCUACAAGAGCUAGUUCCAGGAACUCCUCCAAAACCACAGAGAAAUCCUGUCUCAAAAAACCAAGCAAGCAAGCAAGCAAACAAACAAACAAAACCCCAAAACAAAUAAGAACUCAUUCUGGAAGGAAGUCCUCUGAAUGUAAAUACUAUGGCCAAAAAGUUACAUAUCACAGUGUUCUUUAGACAUGGGUUCUUCAGAUAUAACCCAUGUUCGAGAAAAACCCUACAAAUGUAAAAUAUAUCCAUAUAUAAAUCCUUUGUAUAAACCAGAUCUCUUCAGUUCUUCACACUCAAUAAAGGCAUUGUCUGUCACAGUUUCA